GCCGCGGGCGGGGAUGGUGGUGGCGGGAGCGGGUGGUGCCGCCGUGGGGUGAGGCCUCGCCCGGCGACCCUGCCUGCCGCCACCCCACACUCCCUCCUCCGGCGGCGCGUAGUCCCGUCCGCCCCUCUCCGGACGUCUACAGAGCGUCCAGAGCGGGCCACGUCCGCUGUGUACGGCCCUCGCGCAGUCUCCUCGGGGUUGUCCCGCUUCCGUGACCCCCGAAAGGGUGAAGACUAGUGCGUGGGACAAGUGGCGAGCUGGCGCUCUGCAGACUACUGCGGGCGGCGGGGUGGCGGUGGGCACGGGGAGGGCAAGAACCUGAAAGUGCAAGUGCUGAGCCUCCGGGUGUCGGUUUCGGGGUCGCCUGGCAUUCAGCGCCGUCUGACCCGCUCCCACGCCCUGCGUUUCAGAGGCCGGAGUGCAGCCCGGCUGGGGUGCUUUCUCACCUUCUGGGGGCCUGGAGCUGAGAAGGGGUGGGCAUGGCCAGCGUCCCCCAGCUGUUCGACGACCUGUGCGAGGCCCUCCUGCCGGCCGCGAAGGCUGCCCUGGGCCAGCACGGCGGGAGCCGGAAGAGGGCAAAGCAGAGACUUAAGAGGGUGGCCUACAAUGCCCUUUUCACGAAUCUCUUUCAAGAUGAGACUCAUAAACUGCAGCCUGAUCUCUCCAAACUCCCAGUGAAGAACAAGAUCCUCAUGCUGUCCUUCGACUUGAGAGUGGGUGGUCUGGGCCCCGAGGCUGACCGUCUGGAGGAACUCGUGGAGCAGCUCCUAGCAGCCCCUUGCUCUCCGUUCGUGGAGGUGGCGUCUGUUUUGGACCUCCUGGUUCAGCUGGCAGGGAGUGGCCCCCCUCAAGUGCUGCAGCGCAAGCGGGACUACUUCUUUAACAAUAAGCAUGUGGGGAGAAACGUGCCCUACGGCGGCUACGACUGCCAGGACCUGAGUGUUUUUGAGAUGGACGUUCAGUCUUUGAUCUCCAGAGAGGAGUACUUAUGUCAGGACAUGAUCCAGAAGGUGCUUCAGGUGAUGGAGGCGGCCCCAGGCACUGGCCUGCCCACCACGGGGCUCUUCUCAUAUGGGGACCCCUGCGGUGACAGGUUUGAGAGAGACACCCGGGUCUCGCUUUUCGGCGCCCUUGUGCACAGCCGCACAUACGACAUGGAUGUCCGGCUAGACCUGCCCCCGAUGCCGGACAGUGCAGACCUCUCUGGAUUGGCCAUUAAGGUUCCUCAGAGUGUGGAUCAGUCCGACGAUGAAGGGUUCCAGUCAGCAUCUAAUUUGACUCCUGACUCCCAGUCUGAACCAGGCAUGACUCCAGACAUCGACCUGUGGGAUGCUGUGCUCACCUACGAGGCCAGCAAGCGGAGGUGCUGGGAGCAAGUUGGAUGCCCCCCUGGCCACAGAGAGGAGCCCUACCUCACGGAGGCCGGAAGGGACGCCUUCGACAGGUUCUGCAGGCUCCGCCACGGGGAGCUGCAGGUGCUUGGUGGGGGCCUGCUGCAGACCCCACAGCCCAUCCUGGUGAAGGAGUGCGAGCUGGUGAAAGAUGCGCUCAAUGUCCUGAUUGGGGUAGUGUCUGCCACGUUUUCCCUCUGCCAGCCAGCUCAGACCUUCGUGGUGAAGCGGGGUGUCCACGUAUCAGGAGCCUCCCCCGAGAGCAUCAGCAGUCUCCUCUCAGAGGUGGGCGAGUGGGGGACACACUACGCACGCCUGAGCCAGUUCUCUCUGCAGCCUGUGCUGGACUCCUCGUGCAGCAAGGGCCUUGUGUUCCAGGCCUUCACCAGCGGCCUGAGGAAGUACCUGCAGUAUUACCGUGCCUGCGUCCUCUCCACUCCGCCCACCCUGAGCCUCCUCACCAUUGGCUUUCUUUUCAAGAAACUGGGCCGGCAGCUCAGGUACUUGGCUGAGCUCUGUGGCGUUGGCACUGCACUCCCAGGUAGUGGGGGCGGAGAACCCAAGGCUGCAUUCCCCACCGGGGUGAAACUGCUCUCCUACCUGUACCAGGAGGCUCUCGAUAAUUGCAGCAACGAGAACUACCCAGUGCUGCUGUCCCUCCUGAAGACCAGCUGUGAGCCGUACACAAGGUUCAUCCAUGACUGGGUGUACAGUGGGGUCUUCAGAGACGUUUAUGGCGAAUUCAUGAUCCAGGUGAACCACGAGUACCUGGGCUUCAGAGAUAAGUCCUACUGGACCCACGGCUAUGUGCUCAUUUCCAAAGAGGUGGGGGACUGUGUCCCUGUGUUCUUGAAGCACAUCGCCCACGAUGUGUACGUCUGCGGGAAGACCAUCAAUUUGCUGAAACUCUGCUGCCCCCGGCAUUACCUCUCCUGGUCCGACGUGCCCGUCCCUCGGAUCUCAGUGAUUUUCUCCCCCGAGGAGUUGAAGGAGGUCGAGAGGGACUGUGCCAUCUACGUGGGGCGGAUGGAGAGGGUAGCGCGCCACAGCUCCAUCAGCAAGGAGGAGAAGGAAUUACGAAUGGAAAUUGCAAAACAAGAAUUGAUUGUCCAGGCCCGGGAAGCAGCGUCCAGAGUCCUGCGAGCGCUCAGCGAUCGGCAGACGUCGGAACGCAUGGCCUUGGACGCCCGGAAGCGAGAGCAGUUUCAGAGGCUGAAGGAGCAGUUUGUGAAGGACCAAGAGCGGCGCCGGGCGGCCAGGCAGGAGGCUCUGGAUGACGACUUGGGCUAUGCGCAGGAGCUCCGCGACAGGGAGAGGAGGCUGAGGGCCCUGGAGGAGCAGCUGGAGAGGAAGGCGAGGCAAGCACUGGUUGACCAUUACAGCAAGUUGUCUGCAGAAGCAGCUCGUCGAGAGCAGAAGGCACUGUGGAAAAUCCAGAGGCACCGAUUGGCAAGUGCACGGCUUCGUUUCCUCGUAGAAGAUCAGAAGCUCAUUCAGGGGAUGCUGAAGGACGUGUCCGAAGGGAAGGCCCUGGAGCCACUCUCCCUCCUCCCUGCUGCCGGCUCCCAGGCUUUGUCUCCGGGCCCCGGGCACUCGGCGGGAGGCAGCAGCUCUGACUCUGGGUAUGCAGAACAGCCGCACGUGGUUGCCUGGGAUUGCCCGAAUGCACGGACGCUGCAGCAGCUCACACCUCCAGCAGCAGGGGCCCGUGGCUCGGGGCUGGUGCACAGGCCAGGGCCGUGCUCUGAGGGCCUCAGCAUCCAAGACUUCCUGCCCACAGCUCGGGAGGCCGAGCCACCUGUACCCACUGGUGUGGCCCCUGUCCUGGAGGAGGCGCUGCACACCAUCGGCUCAGACCUGCCUCCCUCGGCUCCAUCCGAAGUGGUGGGCACAGGGCCUUCUGGGCCACUGGAGUAUGAUUUCAGAACCAUCCUGAGGCCAGCUAUAGCCCCCUUGGCUUCCCCAGGGUCCCUGAAGACUGUGGGAGGCGGCUCGAGUAAUGAGGGGCAGCAGCUGUGGGGGGACAGUGUCACGCGGCCACAAGGUACAGGUGUCUCAGAUAGGCAGGUGGCUCUGCCUCACGCCCACCCCUCUGGGUACACCCUCCCCCAGGACGGGAGUAGCCAGGCCAUGGGGCAGCUCCUCGGGCAUGUGUCAGAGGGCAGCAUUCCCACAGGGGGCUAUGCUUCUGGGAUGGCCCCCUCGCGGCCACGGUGGAACAUCCACGGACACGUGUCUGACGCCAGCAUCAAGGUGGGGGAGAACGUGUGGGAUGUGGCCCCCUCGCGGCCCCGGUGGAACGUCCACGGACACGUAUCUGACGCCAACAUCAAGGUGGGGGAGAACGUGUGGGAUGUGGCCCCCUCGCGGCCCCGGUGGAACGUCCACGGACACGUAUCUGACGCCAGCAUCAAGGUGGGGGAGAACGUGUGGGAUGUGGCCCCCUCGCAGCCACGGUGGAAUGUCCACGGACACGUGUCUGACGCCAACAUCAAGGUGGGGGAGAACGUGUGGGAUGUGGCCCCCUCGCGGCCCCGGUGGAACGUCCACGGACAUGUGUCUCAGUCCCAUGUGGUACUGGGUGCACUCUCUGGGGAAGGCCAGCCCGAUAUACCCAGGCCCUGCCAGAGCCCCCCUGACCAUGUGUCCCAGUCAGGCCUCAGCUUGGGAGCACAGAGCCCUGUCUGGGAGCACGAGCCACGGCUGCCUGCAGAGACAGCCUCAGACAGCUCCUGUGCUCAGGAGGCUGGCUCCAGGAGUGGGGAGGCGAGUGGCCUCCAGGCUUCGCUGUCUGCCGUGGCUGCAUCCCGGGAUCUGGGAGAUGGUAUCCCCGAGGAGCCAGGACCAGGGACGAGUGGGGACACUGAGGACCUCUCUCUCGGUCACCCUCCAGGCUCACAGGAAGGCGCGGCGGCCCAGGGCAGCCCCAGCCUUGGUGAGGAGGCGGUGGCCGCCCAGCGCUGGGGCCGGGAGCAGGCCUACCUGGCGGGUCUGAUAGAGCAGUACCGGCUGGAGCAGUACCCGGACAGCUACGAGGCCAUGUCGGAGCCUCCUGUCGCCCACCUGCUACACCAUGGGCUUCCCCGCGCCUUCGCCCUCCCGGAGGACCCCCGGGUCCGGUCAGAUGCGGAUGAGACCGCGGUGCAGCUGAGCGAGCUGCUGCCCCUGCCCGUGCUCAUGAAGCACUCCAUCACUGCCCCGCUGGCCGCGCACGUCUCGUUAGUGAACAAGGCCGCCGUGGACUACUUCUUCGUGGAGCUGGGCCUGGAGGCGCACUUCGAGGCGCUGCGACACUUCCUGCUCAUGGAGGACGGGGAGUUCGCACAGUCGCUCAGCGAUCUGCUGUUUGAGAAGCUGGGGGCGGGGCAGACGCCCGGGGAGCUGCUCAACCCGCUGGUGCUCAACUCCGUGCUCAGCAAGGCCCUGCAGUACAGUCUGCACGGGGACACCCCCUACGCGGACAACCUCUCCUUCGCCCUCAAGUUCCUGCCCGAGACGUUUGCCCCCAACGCCCCGGACGUGCUGAGCUGCCUGGAGCUCAGGUACAAGGUCGACUGGCCCCUCAACAUCGUGGUCACCGAGGGCUGCCUGAGCAGGUACAGCGGCAUCUUCUCCUUCCUGCUGCAGCUGAAGCUGAUGAUGUGGACGCUCAAGGACAUCUGCUUCCACCUCAAGCGCACAGCUCUGGUGAGCCACGCGGCUGGCUCCGUGCAGUUCCGCCAGCUGCAGCUGUUCAAGCACGAGAUGCAGCACUUUGUCAAGGUCACCCAGGGCUACAUCGCCAACCAGAUCCUGCAUGUCACCUGGUGUGAGUUCCGAGCCCGGCUGGCGCAGGUGGGCGACCUGGAGGAGAUCCAGCGUGCGCACGCGGAGUACCUGCACAAGGCUGUCUUCAGGGGCCUGCUGACAGAGAAGGCUGCGCCCGUCAUGAACGUCAUCCACAGCAUCUUCAGCCUUGUCCUCAAGUUCCGCAGCCAGCUUAUCUCCCAGCCCUGGGUCCCGGCUGGUGGCCCCCAGGGUGCAGAGCACCCUAACUUCGCCCUCAUGCAGCAGUCCUACAGCACCUUCAAGUACUACUCCCACUUCCUCUUUAAAGUGGUGACCAAGCUGGUGAACCGGGGCUACCAGCCCCACCUGGAGGACUUCCUGCUGCGCAUCAACUUCAACAACUACUAUCAGGAUGCCUGAGGCCGCGUGACACAGCCGGGUUCUGGAAUCAUCCAAGUUCAUCUUUCCAGCAGAUGCCGCCCCCACACCCCUCCUGCAUUUGGUUCCCUGCUUGGGGGGUCGUCUGCAGCCCCCUCCCAGGGAGAGGGCGACGCGAGCAGUCCGCGCCCGGCCCCCUGGAGCCUCACCUGUACUCCUGGAGCCAGUCAGCC